GAGGAAUUCAUCGCUAAAGAACCAAUACGGCCCAAAGAGUAAGGAAUAUCUAAUACGGAGUAGUUAUUCAGUAAGCUCAGCUGCUUAGGAACGCUGGAAGUCUGGGACCGCCGAACAGAAAUCAGCCGACUUGCCGAGCAGUCUUCUGGUGCGCUCUACGGCCUGCACCGCCGCACCGGAACUCUGGCAGCCAGCUCUCUGACCUUCUGUGGACGGUGAACCUGCGAUUCUGCCCAGCCCCUUCGGCCCUUGCAGCUAUUCUCACCUUCUGACAAGUAGUCCGGUUGUUGGGUCUUGGCCCAUUGUGCGCUGCCAUUAUCAGAAAUAGUUCAUACUCAACUCUAACAUGCUCGGUCUGACUUCAACCUCCACUGCCUCCCCAUCAGUCAACACUUUCUCCCGUACCACCCACGGACACUUUUUCUCCACCACUCUACAUCCAUUGUCUGGGAGAAGUUACCGUUUCUUCAACUUUCAACAGCCCAUAACAACUUCGUAUAAGCUAACUUUGCAAUCAAUCAAAGCCAUGGCUGAAGCUCUUGCUACUCUGAAUCCUGAGUCCAUAUCCUCUACUUCUGGGAGAAGGCAAGCUUUGAUAUCACUUUCAGACAAGAAGGAUCUGUCUAUGCUUGGAAAUGGAUUACAAGAAUUAGGGUACACAAUUGUUUCUACAGGAGGAACUGCUACUGCACUUGAGGUUGCUGGGGUUUCUGUGACCAAAGUAGAAGAGCUUACACAUUUUCCGGAAAUGCUUGAUGGCCGUGUAAAAACUUUGCAUCCUACCAUUCAUGGGGGUAUUUUGGCUAGAAGAGAUCAGGACCAUCAUAUGGAAUCCCUUGAUAAGCAUGGAAUUGGAACAUUUGAUGUUGUAGUGGUCAACUUGUAUCCAUUCUAUGAGAAAGUUUCUUCCUCCACCAGAAUUUCAUUUGAAGAUGGAAUUGAGAACAUUGACAUUGGAGGACCUGCUAUGAUUAGAGCUGCUGCAAAGAACCAUAAGGAUGUUCUGGUUGUGGUUGAUUCUGGUGACUAUCCUGAACUCAUGCAAUUUCUUCAAGCAAAUUCGGAUGACCAACAGUUCAGAAGAAAGUUAGCUUGGAAAGCUUUUCAGCACGUUGCUUCGUACGAUUCUGCAGUUUCUGAAUGGUUGUGGAAGCAGACCGGUGGAGAUAAUUUCCCCCCUGGCUUUACGGUGCCUCUAUCGCUAAAAAGCUCACUUCGCUAUGGUGAAAACCCUCAUCAGAAGGCUGCCUUCUAUGUUGAUAAAUCACUGUCUGAGGUUAAUGCUGGUGGUAUUGCAACUGCCGUUCAACACCAUGGCAAGGAGAUGUCAUAUAAUAAUUAUCUAGAUGCUGAUGCAGCUUGGAAUUGUGUGUGCGAGUUUAGUAAACCAACAUGUGUGAUUGUGAAGCAUACAAACCCGUGUGGUGUGGCUUCUAGAAGUGAUAUUAUUGAAGCAUAUAGGCUUGCAGUCAAAGCAGAUCCAGUCAGUGCCUUUGGUGGUAUAGUCGCCUUCAAUGUAGAAGUUGAUGAGGGUCUUGCUAAUGAUAUUCGAGAAUUCAGAAGUCCAAUUGAUGGUGAAACUAAGAUGUUUUAUGAGAUCGUUGUUGCCCCUAAGUAUACAGCUAAGGGUCUCGAGAUUCUUUGUGGAAAGUCCAAGAAUUUGAGAAUCCUUGAGGCUAGUAAAAAUAGCAAGGGAAAGCUUUCACUUAGGCAAGUUGGUGGGGGUUGGUUAGCUCAGAAUUCAGAUGAUAAAAUCCCAGAAAACAUCCUAUUUAAUGUUGUUUCUUCUGGGAGAACCCCACAAGAGAGUGAGCUUGAUGAUGCUAAGUUUGCAUGGCUCUGUGUCAAGCAUGUGAAGAGCAAUGCGAUAGUGAUAGCAAAGGACAAUUGUAUGCUAGGUAUGGGAAGUGGACAACCAAACCGCCUUGAGAGUUUAAGGAUCGCCUUGAGGAAGUCCGGGGAACAAGUCAAUGGAGCCGCUUUGGCCAGUGAUGCUUUCUUUCCAUUUGCAUGGAAUGAUGCUGUAGAGGAAGCAUGCAAAAGCGGUGUAGGCGUAAUUGCAGAACCAGGAGGGAGCAUCAGGGACAAGGAUGCCAUUGAUUGCUGUAACAAGUAUGGUACAACCCUGCUUUUUACCAAUGUGAGGCACUUCAAGCAUUGAUUGAUUAUAUCGAAUUGUCUGUAUCCUACUAUCCUACACAAUUUUGUUGUUCUUCGAGAUGCUUUCCUACUUUAGUUUAGUCUAUUUUGUUUUGUACUAAAAGCAGUCUUCAUACCAAUAAUUAUGUAACAAAAGAAGUUCAUAAUUGGGGUGUUGCAAGUGAUUGGUCUCACGGGAUUUCUCGCUUUUUCGGAAGCUUGCAAUGUGUUACAAUCAUCUGAUGAUCUUUGUUUUGUUAUUAUAGUUUAUAAGGGUCAAGUUUUUAAUUGUUCAUACAAGGAUAGUUACUUCACACACUUGUCCAAAU